CGACGCGGUGCAUCUGCACGUUUCCGGCUUAGACAAUUGAUUGCUAAACAAUGCCAGGGAUGAUGCGGCUCAUGAGCUGAUAUAUAUAAGGUCUGCUGGAGUCACGGUGGAUGUCAGUUCUGCCUUCACAUAGAUUACUCAGAACAAAGGGUCGGAACAACGUCGCCCCACGAAAAACAACUCUGGAACAUUCAUCGCUGGAGACUGAUUACUCGUACUCUUUUUCAGACUUAUCGCUCUCACAUUGCUCAAACAAUAUUUAGAACAUCGCCACCAUGACCAUUUCCGACCAACCAAUUGACACUCCUCCACGCGCGUCCUCACCUGUACAUCAAUUUGGUACUCUGGCUGUACAUGCUGGAAGCCCUCAUGACCCCGUUACUGGUGCCGUGAUCGAGUCGAUCUCUUUGUCUACCACUUUUGCGCAAACCGCCGUGGGAAAGCCUGUAGGCGAGUAUGAGUACUCUCGAUCCUCGAACCCGAACCGAGACAACUUUGAACGCGCAGUCGCCGCUCUUGAGCACGCCCGGUAUGCGCUUGCCUUCAGUUCCGGGUCCGCAACCACAGCCAACAUCCUGCAAUCGCUCGCCUCAGGAUCGCAUGUUGUUUCCGUGUCAGAUGUCUACGGCGGAACGCACCGCUACUUCACCAAGGUGGCGCUCACACACAAUGUGAAGGUCACAUUCAGUCCCAGCAUCGAGAUCGACAUUGCGGAGCUCAUUCGACCAGAAACGAAGCUCAUCUGGAUCGAGUCGCCAUCGAACCCCACACUCACACUUGUCGACAUCCGCAAGAUUUCCACAAUCGCGCACCAGCAUGGCAUCAUGGUGGUCGUGGAUAAUACCUUCAUGUCGCCUUACGUCCAGAAUCCGCUCGAUCACGGUGCAGACAUUGUCGUCCAUUCCGUCACAAAAUACAUCAACGGCCACUCGGACGUGGUAAUGGGCGCUGCGGCCUUCAACUCGCCAGAGCUCUUCGACCGCCUCUCAUUCCUCCAAAACGCCAUCGGUGCCGUGCCCUCGCCAUUCGACUGCUGGCUCGCGCACCGCGGCCUCAAGACAUUGCACCUCCGUGCUCGCGAGGCGACCAAGAACGCUACAGGUGUCGCAAAAGCGCUCGAAGCUUCCUCACACGUACUCUCCGUCAACUACCCUGGCCUGCCAUCGCACCCACAACACGCCAUCGCGUUGAAGCAGCAUCGUGACGGCAUGGGGGGUGGUAUGCUCUCAUUCCGCAUCAAGGGUGGUCAUGAGGCUGCUGAGCGCUUCUGUCAGGCGACCAAGAUCUUUACCCUGGCCGAAUCGCUGGGCGGCGUCGAGUCGCUAGUUGAAGUCCCCAGCGCCAUGACGCAUGGCGGUAUCCCCAAGGAGCAGCGCGAGGCGGCUGGUGUCUUUGACGACCUUGUCCGUAUCAGCUGUGGUAUUGAAGAUGAGGUCGACCUCGUUGCCGACGUCAAGCAAGCUAUUGAGAAGGCUGUUGUGGGCCCUAAGAUCAAGAACGGUCUUGCUUGAGUAAUGGGUAUGGAUUGGAGCUUCUCGGAUAGCAGUUAGAAGGCGUAUGCUUAUGGUGGAUUGGCGUUCUGGGGCAUUUUAUGAUUUGAUGAUAGACAUGCGAUCAGCUUUUGUGUACUUGGGUGAUAGUACAGCGAGCGAUGAGAUACCAAAUAUAAGUUCUUGCACGU